GGUCGCCAGUGGAGCUGGACAUUUGAUUUUAAUCAAGCCUACAUUAGCUUACUUCUUCUGUCUCUUGUGUUUCAGAGCACCGAUGUCAAACACCUCCGAUGUGUCAGGGGGGCCGCUGGUCUGUCCCCUGCUACAUAAUAUGAUGGAGCACCGCCUCAACAACAACACUCAGGCCAACUUGGUGGUGGUUUGCAUCCAUGGACUGGUCUCCUGCCUGGGGAUUCUGGAGAACGCCCUCAUCCUCUGGGUAGUCGGCUUCCGCCUGCAGCGCCGCACCGUCGCCUCUGUCUGGGUGCUCAACCUGGCCAUGUCCGACUUCCUGGCAACCCUGACGUUGCCUCUUUUCACCCAUUACCUCUCCUCCUCACACAACUGGGAGCUCGGCAGCAUAUUGUGCAAAACACAGGCUUCCAGUUUCUACUUGAACAUGUUUGUGUCUGCCUUCCUGCUGGCUGCCAUUUCAGUGGACCGCUGCCUUCUGGCGGCCAAACCGGUGUGGAGCCAGAAUCACCGUACAGUGGCCGGAGCAUGGAAGGUGUGUGUGCUGGGUUGGCUUUGGGCGGCAAUUAAUACAUUACCUUACUUGAUGUUCCGCUCAGUGACGGAAAAACUGGACGGGAGGAAACUCUGCUAUCAUAACUUUGCCUUGUAUUCCUCUCAAGACACUCUGGAGAGAAAUUGCAAAAUAAGGCAAGCUGCAACAGCCAUCUCCAAGUUAUUGCUGGCCUUCUUGUUCCCCCUGGUGGUUAUUGCAGGGAACUACAUCCAGAUUGUUCUAACCCUGAGGAACAGGAGCAGGAGGAGGAAGCAGAGUACCGGCAGGUUCACAGAUGCAUUGAUUAUGUCAAACAAAGAUGGAGUACCAGAAACUACCCCUACAACCACAAAAACGACUAACAUCUUUCUCAAGCCUCCAGUCUCUGGCCCAUUGUUAUCCCUGACGCCUACUAAAUUGUCCCCCACUAAUCAGACCAAUAACAGCCAGCUAUCCAAAAGCUUUACCAGGAUGGUGACAUUUGUGAUUGCUGCAUUCGUGCUGUGCUGGGCUCCCUAUCACGUCUUCUGUUUGAUCGAAGUGACAGCCCAGUACUGGCCCAAAAAUCUCAAGUAUGUGGAGGUGGGACUGCCCCUGGCCACGACGCUCGCCUUCCUGAAUCCUGUGUUGAACCCCAUUCUGUACGCCUUCAGCUGUCCCAACUUUUGUGUGAGGAUACGACAGAGUUUGGGAGCUGUGUUUGAAGGCCUGGUAGAGGAAGGAGGCGGCUUACUGAUGGCCCCAGGGAAAAGUUUAAGAGCUCAUAUAAGGCGGAAGAGCAGCAAAGAUGUGAGCCUUGGGACGCCAACGUCGCCAAAGAGUUCACAUUCACCUCAUCUGUCUCCUCACAGCCAACCGUCCUUCCCCUUGCCUUCACCCUCCGAAGGCCCCAAAGACACUCACAUGGAGCUAACAAGACAAGAAGCCAAAGAUGAGGUGGAAGAUAGCUGA